AAGGUGACGCAGAACCAUUGCGACACCUAGCAAGAUGGCGGCCUCCAUGGUUGUUGGCUCCCGCAGGGUUUGGGACGGCUGCCGCCGCGGGCAAAGGGUUCUUCGCCUCCUUCGGGGCCUGUGCAGCGGGGGACAGCGCCCGGCCACCGACGGAGAGACGCAUUUCGGGUUCCAGACGGUGUCUGAGUCAGAGAAAAGCGAGAAGGUUUACCAAGUUUUUGAAAAUGUGGCUAAGAAGUAUGAUUUAAUGAAUGAUUCAAUGAGUCUGGGAAUCCAUCGUCUUUGGAAGGACAACCUGCUGCAUCAAAUGAACCCUUACCCUGGAAGCCAGUUGCUUGAUGUUGCUGGAGGGACAGGAGACAUCGCCUUUCGGUUUAUCAAUUACGUUCGUUCCCAGCGGGAGCGACGAAUCCAGCAGCAGCUGAGAUCCCAUCAGAAUUUAUCGUGGCAGGAGAUUACCAAGCUUUACCAUGAAGAGGAUCAUCAGUCCCUGGGAGGAUCCCAUGUGGUGGUUUGUGACAUUAACAAGGAGAUGCUGAAGGUUGGGAAGAAGAAAUCACAACGUCUUGGUUAUUCUAAAGGAUUAUCCUGGGUGCUUGGAGAUGCUGAAGAGUUGCCCUUCAACAAUGACAGUUUUGACAUAUACACAAUUGCCUUUGGUAUCCGGAAUGUCACUCAUAUAGACCAGGCUCUUCAGGAGGCUUAUCGAGUCCUGAAACCAGGAGGGAGAUUCCUCUGCCUAGAAUUCAGUCAUGUCAACAACUCCUUCAUUUCCAGUCUGUAUGAUCUGUAUAGCUUCCAGGUUAUCCCUGUGCUGGGCGAGGUUAUUGCUGGUGACUGGAAAUCCUACCAGUAUCUCGUAGAAAGCAUCAGGCGCUUUCCGUCCCAGGUAGAAUUCAAGGAGAUGAUUGAAGAUGCAGGCUUUCUGAAGGUGGACUAUCAGAACCUGGGCUCAGGCAUUGUGGCUAUUCACUCCGGCUUCAAGUUAUGACUUUCAUCUUACAGCGUACAAGUUUUAAAAUGAAAGGGUGGACUGAACUCUGAUGGCCAGAUUCAAAGGGUUAUGGCCUUGCAACACACUCGGCAUCAUGCCAUCAAAGCACACUAAUCCCUUGGGGAAUUAAAUUUCAGUUAUCAGUCAGCUGCUGUAUUCUGCUGCUGUAGUCAUGUGACAGCUGGGUAAGCAUCAGCUCAUCUUGUUAGGGAACACGUGAACCACUGGAAGAUGGGACUUUUAUUUCAGUGAGAAUUUUUUAAAAAUCUGAUGGGUUUAAGCAGUUCUGUUCAUGAGGGCAGCUGCAUUUUAAGACUCAAGUAAUUUCCUAUUUCAAUCAUGUCAACCACCUUUUGUGUAGCUAUGUGUGGCACCAACUAGCCUUAAAAAAAAAAGAGGCCUGCACUUACUGGGUAAAAGUCACUGAAGCACCAUAUUUCUUGCUGUAUUUAUUAAAAAUAUAUAUUAAUUUUCAAA